GCUUCCCUUCAAAAGAUUGAUUUGAUGGGAUCUUUCAUCAGAUAUGGACCAUCCAUGAACUUACUUCAACAAACAAUAAACGAGUUAAAGGGAUUAUAAAAUAAUGAGUUCACUUAUACCGAAAGCUACAUAUUCAGCUCCUGAUUUAGAUGAAUCAAAAAUAUUCACUCCUGGAGAUGGAAUUCAUACUACUGAUGGUCAAACUACUCAAAUUUCAGAUAUAGUGAUCAAUGCUGGGGGUGAAGAUAGAGAUAAACCAACUGAAGCUAAGGAUACUCCAUUAGGUCAUUUAAGAGCUGAAUUGACUACUUUACAAGAUCAAAUCAAUAUCUUUCUUACCGAACGUAUGAAACAAGAAAAGAAUAAACAAAGUGAACAAGAAGAAGCUGAUAUUGAAAGACGUAUAUUGGAUGAUGGGGUUGAUGAAGAUGAUAGUGAUUGAUUUUGGUAAAAAAGGGUGAAUCAUAGGAAGUAGCAAUCUUACUACUACAGAUAUAGAAAUAGAAAUCAUUACUGUUUAUUUUAUGAGUUA